AUGCCUGUGUUUUUUAAUGAACUGAAGGCAGAAGCUAGUCUAAUGGACCAAAUGAGUAGUUGUGAUAGUUCAUCGGAUUCCAAAAAUUCAUCAUCUUCAAGUAGUGAGGAUAGUUCCAGUGACUCAGAUGAUGAACAGUGCACAUCCUCUCCUUCUGAGCCAGGGAAUUAUAUCUCAGGACAUCCUGCCAUGUCUGCCAUGCCACAUGGCAGGAUUUCUGAUAUGGAUGCUGACCAGAAUAGACUUCAUGACAAUAGUGGCCUUCUGAUGAAUACUUUAAGUAAGUGUAUAUAAACAUGAGUAAUUGAAAAAGUAA